GUGGUUGCAGGCGCCUUCGCGAUCCCCGAUACCGUCGUCGCCUCGUCUCUCAGUCCGGCGGACGACGAGCGGCGUCGCGAGAUUUCUCCGGACGGCCGAGAUGUGAAGACGUCGACUUGGAAGCGAUGUGGCUUCCGUUGGUGCUGCUCGCCUUGAUGGCGAGCGGUUCCGCCUGUCCGGACCUUUGCGAAUGUCAUCAGAGUAACAUCGAGAAGGACGCACCGGUAUUAUCGGACGUGGCGUGUCGCAGACGCGUACCCGGCUUAUCGGAGAUACCAGUGGGAGUGAGGAGUUUAUCGUUGGACAGCGCCGAGAGCACCGAAGUGGCCGCUUUUUUCGACGACCUGGAGGCUACCGAUCUGACGAACGAUUUCGAGAUGACCGGUACUACCCUGCCGGAUGUAGAGACGAACGAGACGACGUCGGAGGAGGCGAGGCGCGCGACGGAGACUCUGCCGUACCUAAUCGAGUUCGCGGCGACGAAUUGUUCGUUGGUGUCUUUGAACGCGUCGUGGCACGGUCUCGAGCGCUUGAGGGCACUGAAUCUGUCGUGCAACAAUUUGCCGCGGCUGAGGGACGUGCUGGUGAUCCGAGCGAUGAAUCUGAGCGAACUGACAUGCCUCGAUCUGUCGGACAACUCGUUGUCGGACAUCAGUGUCGGGACCUUUAGGACGCUGGUCGGACUUGUGAGACUGAGUUUACGUAAAAACGCGAUCAGUACGGUGGACGAGGACGCGUUUCGCGGCCUGGACCGGCUAGAAUUCCUCGAUCUGUCGGACAACAGGUUGGCGGACUUGCCGGAUAGCGCGCUCACGCCGCUAUAUUCCCUGCAGAAACUCGACCUCAGCGGUAACCAGCUGCAAGUUCUCGGCGCCAGGUGGUUCGAAAGUCUCGACAGAUUGAGAGAACUCGACGUCUCGCGAAACGGAUUGGCCCGGGCGGCCUCGGGCACGCUGCAGCCGUUAUCGGGACUGUCCGUUCUGAGACUCGCGGAGAACCCGCUGAGGGAGAGGGACGUGUCUCUGCUAUUGGGCACCGGUAGACGACUAGAGACCGUGGACGCGUCCCGCACCGGAUUAGCGAGGGUCCCGGCCGCUCUCACGAGAUCGGUCAGGGCUCUGAGACUCGCCGGGAACAGACUGACUACGGUUCGUAGCGGCGACUUGGAUAGCUAUCCCUUACUACGUAUAUUCGACAUCGCCGAUAACCGUCUGGUGGAUAUCGAGAACGACGCUCUGGGACGCCUGGAGGUCUUGGACGAGCUCGAUCUAUCCGGCAACGUUCUUGCUAAAGUGCCCGGAAGUCUACCGGGCAGCCUGACGGUACUGAAGCUUCAGCGUAACGCGAUAACCGCGUUGAAGCUCGACGAUCUCAACGGACUGUAUAACCUGCGAUCGCUGAUGCUGAACGAUAACGACAUCAGCGUCAUCGAGGUGGGCGCGCUCGGUCAACUGCCCCUGCUCGUGGAGCUCGAUCUAUCCGAUAAUCCUAUCAAAGCGUUACCAACUAAUACCCUAAGUGGACCCGGUAAUCUGGCGAAGCUCCGGAUGUCGGGUUUGGCGUCGCUUCAACGACACCAAGAAGAGCAAAGUGAUAUGGCGUUCCCGGUACCGACGCCGGAGCGGCUGAUAAUGUUGGACGUGUCGCGAAGUCCGGUUCUGGCGGGACAAUUACUGGCGGACGACGCCGCACUGUCCGCCUGCAAAAGCCUGAUAGAGCUGAAUCUGUCGGAGACCAACAUCAGCACUAUCAGAUCCGACCUCGCGUACAUGCUGCCGCAGCUGCGCUUCCUCGGACUCGGGGCGAACAAUUGGAAUUGCACGGAGGAUCUUUAUUGGCUGGGCGAGUGGGUGAGGCAACGCCGCGAGCCGAAGCAACGAUUUCAACCGGCUCGAUGUGCCAGCCCGUGGAAAUUGGCGGGGUUAUUUUUGUACGAGCUGCCGCCGCCGCCGAAUUCCGCGAGCAGCGCGGAAACUGUCGCGGCGGUUACCCUAUCUGUCGUCUACACGUCGGAACAUACGUCGCAUGCUGAUCGAGGGAACCUCACGGUGUCUUCCAAUAUCGACGGCGCGAAUUCCAGUCACAACGUCACGGAUCUUCCCACGCUGUCGUCGCUCGUAAACGCGGAAGCCGCGCCGAAAACUGAGGGUGUAGCCGACUCAAACGUCCCCUACGCGAAGACCGUCACGGCACCGUCGGGGCGGCUUUCGGAAAACGCGGUGCCGCGAGUUUACGAGGCGCCGACGUCCUUCCGCAACGUGACGUCAUCGAUCACGACGCGGACGAGCCGGGAACCGGGUCGGAAAACAAAUCGCAUCCUGAUGGAUCAGGAUUUAAUCAAGCAGUCCGUCGUCCCGGCUUCACGCAGGAGGAACGAGCCGAAGCUAUCCGUUACGGGAACGAAGGACGAGACGUAUUCGCAAACUUUCGAUAACCGGGCCGAUCGCGGGGCGCAAAGAAACGGAAAGAUGAGCAAACUUGCCGCCUCACCCGGCGAGAUCAUCUCCCCGGAGUCCUCCUCGCAGCUUGGACUUAAACGUGCGAGCGAGGGUACGAAAGUGAUCGAGAAAUACCUCACGGGAAGAAUGAGCAAUACGACGAGCAAGGAGAACGCAGUGCUGGACGAUCGUGGCUCUAACACGAUAGCGGAGGAACUGAAUGGCAGGGCGAGCGAUUCCGGUGCUCGAGUGUCCGAGGCUCUAUCCGCCGGUGCUCACCCCGGGAUGUUGGUAUUAGCCGGCGCUGCCCUGGGCGCCGUCGCCGCGCUUUCCGUCGUUCUUUCGCGUAGGGCAACGGUGCACCGAACUGACAGGUAUCAUCGCCAUGAGAACAUUGAAGUGCACACUCUAACGCCCACCACGGAACUUUGGUGACCAGAGUCGGAAUACGUUCGUCUGUUCGAGAGGGACAGGCGACUGGACGCCAGCAACCGCGACGGGGAAGCGUCGAUAAUGCCUCGGCAAUCGACGAGGUCACGGCUGAUUGAUGUGUGUUUGAGGAAAAUCCUCAAGUAAUCAUUUUUAGCAUCGGUGUGAUCGACGGGCGUGUGCAUCUUGUUAUUGUGAUGACGGGAUAUCGAAGUGGAUCCGCCGAGCGCGACGACUAAAGUGUUAAUCGGAAAGUUGGAAGGACCCUGACUCUGCGGCAACCAGGUACGAGCGACUGAACAUCGAAGUUGGGAACGAGAUACUCUCCGAGCUAAUCCGUAUCACUUCGGAAACCGCAGAUACGUUACGGGUCACGGAGCAAUACUCGGAAAAAUAACAAAUUAUUCAAGCGUGACUUGCAACCGCAAGAUCCGCCGACGAAAAGGCAGUUGACGAGUGGCGACAAUAUUUGAGAUCGUCGAAAAUCCGCGAUACAUAAUUAAGAAGACGGCCGUUCGUCGCGAAUGUCUGACGGAUGUAAAAAAGAAUGUUACUUGUAAAAUUUCGUUCUCCGCAAUAACGCGCGUUCGGCUUAUCGAGUUUCUCGAAAACGGUGUGUAUGGCAGUAAAAAUAAAAUCACUCAAGUAUCAUCGAUCGACAAUACGUAUACGUGCAUUCGGUGAAAAUCAAUCGACGACAACUCUAUCAACGACUACGAAGAUAUCGAGAGCAGUAAUUAAGAUGUUUGAAGCAAAAACCAGGAUGACCGCGCCAUUUCGCAUAAGUUUUCACGUGUAUAAACACAUCGGAAACUGUAACGCGCAACGUUCGCAGGGAAAUACAAAACGUACUACGAGUUGGAGACUCGGAAAAAAAUUAUGAGCGGAAAUUUGACACGGCUUUCGGUGUGCCGAACGUUACGCUACGGGGAGCGUCGAUGCUGCGGAAAACUUCAAUCUCCUACAUGCUAAACUCGUAGGAAGAGACGUGCGAACAAGAACGAUUAAAUGUCAUCGCAAGACGUGUCAUGAUCGAACGGGCGAGCGGGCUUACCGAUUUAGCUGAUUGGCUGGGGUCAGACCGAUAAAUUGGACACAGUGACAAUAAUAAUGGUUACACGCCGCGUCUCAAGAGUUCGGCUCUUCGCGGUACGCUCAAUUCCUGAGAAGACUAUAUUGUGACUGAAAUGAAGUGCGAGUGUAAUAAAAGUAGGAAGAGAGCAUAAUGGUAGCGAGAAAGAUAGGAGCAGGUAGGCCAGCGCCAAAAUAACGCGGAAUGUAGGGGCGAAAAAUUUGCGGUGGCAAAUAGUAUGCUUGAAAGGCAAAACCGGACGCGAAAUGAGAGCGACUGUUAGACGGAAGGAUUUUUAUCGAACGGUGUGUGCGAGAGAUCGAGAAAGUCGGGUGUAAAAGAAAGAAAGAAAGAGAGAGAGAGAGUGUGUGUGUGUGUAUGUAUGAGUGUAUGUAUGAGAGUAUAUUCGAGAAACCGUUCUCGGAUUACAGUAAAAUGGGAUGUACAGAAACAUUGCUUCCGUACUUAAUUCCACUAAGCUUGGUGAGAUAUCAAGACUUCUUAACAAAUACAAAAAAGAAAGAGAGAAUGUAUGCGAGAGAGGGAGAGAAAGAAAGAAAGAAAGAAAGAAAGAGAGAGAGAGAGAGAGAGAGAGAGAGAGAGAGAAAGAGAAAGAACGCGCGCUAGCGAGAAAGCAGAUAGACAAAUAGCGAAGAGGCUAAAUAUUAUCUUUCUUAAAAUAACCAGUGUCAAAGUACCGCUAUAAUAAUAAACCGA